CAAUGCCGUACCGUACCAUGAAAUUAUUUGGCGGGAAGUGCUAGAGCAGCAAAAAUGGGAAUAAAAGGGCUAUCACAACUCCUGGCUGAUCAUGCCCCUGGAUGUAUGAAGGAAAAUGAAAUUAAAAAUUAUUUCGGACGGAAAGUAGCGGUGGAUGCUUCCAUGUGUAUUUACCAGUUUUUGAUUGCUGUGAGACAAGAUGGGAGUCAGCUGACCAAUGAAGAGGGAGAAACAACAAGUCAUCUUAUGGGAAUGUUUUACCGCACAAUCCGGAUGGUUGAGAAUGGUAUCAAACCUGUGUAUGUGUUUGACGGCAAACCACCAGAAAUGAAGUCAGGGGAGCUUGAGAAGAGGAAGGAGAGACGUGAUGAGGCACAGAAAGCUUUAGAACAAGCUGAAGAAGCUGGAGAUGCUGAGAACAUUGAGAAAUUCAAUAGACGACUUGUGAAGGUCACUAAACAGCAUAAUGAAGAGUGUAAAGAACUACUCAAGUUAAUGGGUAUCCCUUAUGUAGAUGCCCCCUGUGAAGCUGAAGCCCAGUGUGCCACCCUAGUAAAGGCCGGCAAGGUAUGGGCUACAGGAACAGAAGAUAUGGAUUCUCUCACAUUUGGAUCUGAUGUCGUCCUGAGACACCUUACAUUCAGUGAAGCAAGAAAAAUGCCAAUAAAGGAAUACCACUAUGACAGAAUAUUACAAGGGCUGGAACUUUCAAAAGAGGAGUUUAUAGACCUGUGUAUAUUGCUUGGCUGUGAUUACUGUGAAUCUAUACGAGGUAUUGGACCAAAGCGAGCAAUAGAUCUUAUAAAACAAUACAAAAAUAUAGAGGAGAUAAUGAAACACAUUGACUUAAAGAAGUAUUCAGUACCAGAGAACUGGAUGUACAAAGAAGCUCGUGAAUUGUUUAAAAAUCCUGAAGUGUCUACUGCAGAUGAAGUAGAGCUGAAAUGGACAGAGCCAAAAGAAGAGGACUUAAUAGAUUUCAUGGUUACAAAGAAAGGGUUCAAUGAGGAUAGAAUACGUAAUGGUAUAAAGAAAUUGACAAAGGCACGUAGUGGCAGUACACAGGGUAGACUUGAUGGCUUCUUUAAAGUACUUUCAACAACAUCUACUACUCCAAAAAGAAAGGCUGAAGAUUCUAAAGGGUCUGCCAAGAAGAAAGCAAAAGGAGGAUUCAAAAGACCAAAGUGAUAGAAAGGGAGCUUUUGAUGAAAUAAAACUUGAUUUUUCAGCACCAUAAAUCUCAAAGUAUCCAUCUUGGUCCUGUUCCAUUGUCAUAUUCAUGAAUUACAAGAGGAGACAUUUAAGUGAUGUUGGAGUUUCUAAAUCAUUUUCUUACCAGUAAUAUUUGCCAAUUUCAAUAGCCAUUGGAAUGUUUAAUUCAAGAUUUAGUAAGCGGAAUUCAUCAUUAGUUGUUGAUGUCUCAUUAUUGUAGUAUAGGCAUAGGUGUUAGGAUUCAGCUUGAGGUUAUACUUAAACUGCUUAAAAGUAAGUUUAGACUUUUCCGUAGCGGUUUAAUGUGUUGUGUCCCAUCACAUUUGUUACGAAAAAGUCACUAGGUAGACGGGUAGAAUUUAAUUUCUGAUACUGACCUUAUUGUCUGUCAUACUAAAAUACUCAUGUUAUGUAAACAUUGUAACAAACAAUUUAUAAAGAGAAGUGAAAGUGGU